GUGGACAGGAGUCGCAAGCUGGCACUGGAUAGCAAAUGAUGACAAUUGUGGUAUAUGUAGGAUGGCAUUUGAUGGAUGUUGUCCUGAUUGCAGAAUGCCAGGAGACGACUGCCCUUUAGGUAAUGUUUAUACUCUACCCAUAUUUUUUUAAGGGUUUAGAUUUGUUAUAUCUGAGCUAUAGUGCCGGAGGCCAGAGUUCUGCCGAAGCUCGUUUUUUGGUCAACCCGAGUUGGAACCAGAGUUGUGGUGCUUUUUUCCAGCUUCGGCUGAAGAGUAUCGAUAGUUGGUUACAAUAAUGGCAACAAUGAAUUUGUUAAAAGUACAAUUAUAAUCUGUUGUGUCAACCCAGUUUGCCAUUAAUUUUCGGCUACUGCAAACAGCCAAAUUUCAAUAAGUCAUGUCUGUGAUCAGUGAAGUACCUUAUCACAGGAAAAGUUGUAAAUUGCAAGCUUAAACUAUUGGUGAAGCUAAAUAAAUAAAUAAAUAGUAAAAUGGGGUGCAUCAGGGCACUUAAGGGGUUAAAGUUGCAUUGCAUCAUAAUAUGCCAUACUUUAUUAUUUCAACUCUUUCUAACACUGGAGUCUGGACGAUUUUACUCAUCGAGGCGAGGGCACUGAUGCUGAAUGGAUUAAAGUGUCAAUAUUUGUACAAGCUAGCUAACAAAAGUCACUGUGUAAGUAUUUGAUUAGCUGAAAUAACUUUCCAAUUUUUAACACUGAGGUAUGAAUGAGAUUUUCUCCAAACAAUUAAAAUGGAAAAUUUUCUCAGAAUAAAUGUCAAUAUUUAAUAUUUUAAUUUGAAAAAUUGAUUUUUAGCUAGUACUAUGGCAACAGAAAAGUUUCAGAUACUGUUGAUAUCAGCCUACACACGUAAAAACACACAAGUUGUAACAAACCUGUAGCAGACUUGUAGCAAUGCUGUUCCAACAACUUGUCAACAGGAUGUGUUCGCACUGCUUGUUCCCAGCUUGUUGACAAGUUUGUCAGCGGCUUGUUGGUAACUUGCUACAAGGUUGUUGAGCUCAACAGACUUGUUACAAGUUGUCCAACAACUUGUUAUCGUCCUGCAAUUCGACAACUUGUCAACAAGUUGUGAGUGACAAGCUUGUAGCAACUUGAUAAAAUAAUAUUGUUACAACUGGUUGACAAGCUUGCUACAAGCCUCUUGCGAACACAUCUUGUUGACAAGUUGUGAGAUUUUUACGUGUGUUGUCCUAGUAGUACGCAUGAUUUCAUUAUUCUGGGAAAAUGAAUGCAAAAACUCUCUAUAAAAAAGACCGUUUUACUUGGAAAAAAUGGUGAUUUUAUUCUUCUGGGAGCUAUGUAAUACGUUUACUCCUUCCUCGCAGCUAAAGUGUUCGCGCGUGACCGCCAAACGGUAAUCAUUUCUGUUUUAUUAAAAACAUGAACGGUAUUAAAAAACAUGAACGGAUUUUGAAAGAAUUAAAGUGAGUUUUGACUGUGGUAAUAUACUGGAUUUCCUGCAUUUAGCAGAAUUUUGUGUUGCAUUUUACGAAAAAAAAAAAAAAAUCCGCCCGCCCGACCUAGGAAAAUUAAAAUGGGUGGACGCUAAACAAGUAAUUUUUUUUAUGUGGCCUAAUGCAAAAUGACUGAAAAUUGCAAACUUCGCAAGGCUAUAUUAUCCGCAUUUUACAACAUUUCGCAACGAAACUUUGGAAUAUUACUAAUUUUGUGACGCUCUUUCAAGCUGUGAUGAAAUAUUUGUCUAGACUUGCCUAGAUCAAAAUUUUGGUUAUAAGGGGAAAGUCUAUUAAGAGUUCAAGCGCUUUUUUCUUUUCACAAUUAAGGUAGCCAAAUUAGUAGCAUUCCCCUUAUUUGUAUAGAUCAUGUACGUGCGUGAUAUUUGUAAAAUUUGGACUUUUUCAAAUUCCAAAUGUUUGGGUGGAUAAAAAGUAAGCUAUUUACCAGUUUAAUUCGAGGGUUUUUCUUUUUAUUAUAUAAAACAAAUAGAUAAGAUUUUGCCGCUGUCUAUUCAGUUAUAUAGAUACACAGUAUGACGUUAUAAUGUGGGAAGGACAAUAAAGUGACCCACUCACCUGGGCAGCUCGUGAGCCACUUUUUUUGUCCUUCCCACAUUAUGACGUCACACUGUAAACUGAACAGGCAAAAUCUUAUCUAUUUGUUAAUUUGUGUAUGGUGGAUACUGAAGCUGGUACCAACCAAGAGUGAAAGAAAUUUGGUACCAAGGCUGAAAAUCACCGUUUGAAUCGAACUCCAUCAAAGAUAGUUAAAUUGAGUGGCCAUGGCAACAGGUGCUAUGGAAAUUUUUAAUGAUUCACAUUUAACCAAACCUUUAGAAAUGUAUUGUCUUUAACUGACGUAGAUGCAAGUUUAUCUAUCGAUAUAGCAUCAUGACCAGUUGCCAUGGCUAGCCACACAUGGCUUAAUGGCAUAAUGACCAUUUAUUUUGCACCCCCUAAAGGCUAGUUUCCACUCAGGAAAAUUAUCCGUGGAUUGGAACGGACAAGAAAAUUCCCCCGGAUUUGUGUUAAAGUCAUUAGUUCCAACCCAGAGCUCACAAGACAAGGAAAAAUUUUCUUGUCCGUUCCAAACUUCCAAUCCACGGAUAAUUUUCCUGAGUGGAAACUAGCCUUUAAAUUAAUGUUAUAAACACCGAUAAAACACGUUUCGCGCCCACCCAACACAGUGUUUUAUGCUGUCGUAUAUGGUAGUAAAGACUCGUUGUUGAACACUUAAGACCGAUUUAAAGCCAAUUUACACUACCCAACUUGUCAACUUUUGCCUAAGACUGUCGCAUGGAACCUGCUUACAACUUGAGUUGUACUGUUGUACUGUGUAAAACAAGCACAUGAACUCAAGUUGUAUUACAGGGUUCGUAGCGGUCUUUGAAAUCCUUGAAAGUCUUUAAAGUUUCAAUGCAGGUCUUUAUGGUCUUUGAAAAGUCUUUGAAUUGUGUGAAAAAGCGAAGAAAGUCUUUAAAAGUCUUUAAAUUCUUUAGUGAGUAUUUGAUUAUACGAUUUCCUAGCUAAUAAAAUAGAUUGAUUGAAGCAAGAUUUUCGCAACUGAAUAUCGACGAAAAGGUGCAUUUUAGGAUGUGAUUUGACGGGACUAAUUACUGGGUAAAUAUGGUGCUUACAUUCGCAAUUUUUCGACAGCUGAUUGCUCUCAAUGACUCAAAGGUCCUUGAAAAGUCUUUCAAAAUAGGCAGAAAAAAUCUUUGAAAGUCUUUGAUUUUUUUGGUCUUGGGGCUGAUUGUUCAAAGCUUGGUUAGAGCUAACCCUGGGUUAAAAUUUAACCCGCUGUUUUAAUUUGGGAACAUUUGCACAUCUGUUUAUUUCAAAAUUUUGGAAAAUAAAACUUCUAUUGAUCCAGACAUGAAUUUUGGAAAACUAUCUUCAUGUUUCUAAACAAGAUUGCUUUGAAAUUUGCGUUAACCUAGGAUUAAGCCAAUCAGCUUUUGAACAACCGGCCCUUCAAUUGGAGACUACGAACCCUGUGUAAGCAGAUUACCGUACAUGCGACAGUUUUAGGCAAAAGUUGUGUAGUGUAAAUCUGCCCUGACAAAUCCACUAUAAGUUAAGAAUAGGUCAAGAGAAGAGAUAAGCUAACUCUUCGAGAAAUGGAGGCAAUUACUCAGGAUGUAAACCAUCCCUGUCACCACCUUGUCCCUAUCGCACAGAAGCACGACUAUUCCACCAGAACUAAGAAAGAAGUUCUAAUGUAGGUCGCAUUAUUUCCAGAACCGAAAGACAUAAAUCAUCGUUUAUGCCUCGUGAAGUUAAACUUUUUAAUAAUAAACUUUAAAUUACUACUGUAAUGGUUCUGUAAUUUUAGGCUGAAUGUAGGUUGCAUUAUUCUCUGAACUGAAGGACAUAUAAUCGUCGUCUGUGCCUUUGGCAACUGAACCUUUUUAAAAAUACAAAUUUUUAUUGUAAUAUAGAUGGUUUUAUAAUGUUUAUGAAUUUGCAAGUCCACUGUAUUUUUUUACUUAAGGUGGCUUAUUAUUAAUUAAAGCUUUACAUCAUCAUUUGCAAGCAAACAAUUCGUCUAGAAGUUCGUAGCAACUUGACUGCUAAUAGUGCAACCAAAUUCUUUGCAUAUCAAGGGAUGUUUACAUUGAAAUGAUUCAUGCAUAACCUCCUCGCCUCAGGAAGCUAAACACUUGAAAAUAGCAAGAUAAUGACAAUGACUUGGCAUGCUUGAUCAAGGGAAUGCUGUUGGUUCCCCAUUUUCACACGACAUGCAGGGCAGCAAAGGCAAUAUUAGAGUCAUAGAGGGCUUUGCGCGGACAUUUCGGGAUGAGAAUUUGACAUAUAGAGAUUUAAAGUAUUUUUAACACAAAGCUAACAUAUUAUAGUCCAUAGACAACUGCCUACAUAAUUGGAUCACACAUUUGAGAAUAACAUUUUAGAACCUUUUAAUUGUUUUAAAUCGCUUGGCUGGUCAUAUAACGUGCAGAUUGUCAUUCCCGAAUAAUUUCACUACGUCAUUGGAGGAAAGGUCAUGUAACGGGGCAAUUUUUGUACAUAUUAUGUCUAUUAUGUAUUUAUGUGAAACGUAUUCACAAUAUUAUUUGGGAACAUGCACGGUAUUUUUCUCCAAAGAUUAAAAAAGUGAAAACGGUAUAGCGCAUACUCUACGCAAGUAAAAACGCAUAAGUUAAAACAAACCUGCAGCAGACUUGUAGCAAUGCUGUUCCAACAACUUGCCAACAGGAUGUGUUCGCACUGCUUGUUCCCAGCUUGUUGACAAGUUCUCAACGGCUUGCCGAGAACUUUUUCUACAAGGUUGUUGAGCUCAACAGACUUGUUACAAGUUGUUCCAAUUCAACAAUUUCUCAACAAGUUGUGAGUGAGCGACAACCUUGUAGCAACUUGAUGAAAUAACAGCAUUGUCACAACUUGUCGACCCAAGCUUGCUACAAGCCUGUUGCGAACACAUCUUGUUAACAGGUUGCGACAUUUUUACGUGUGUACUUUUAAAUCUUAAAUUAACGUAGUUUAAAUUUUUUUUUGACAACAGCCAAUAUUACCCUCGUUAAGUCAAUAAUAUAUGUAAACAAUAACAUUCACAAGGUAUAGAGUUCGCUUUCGCCAACAGAUCUGAGCAAAAAUUAAUCGGCGAAUAGAAGCAUUUUGUACACUGCAAAUUCGACAAAGAAACACAAUAAAUGGCAUUAUUUCGACGUUAAUUCAUUCGUAUAUCUGCUUAUAAUUCAAAAUGCCUAAGGUGCCUUUGUGCGAGAGUGUUCUUGCGCGCACCCUUGUUUCAUAUGCCUUCGGCAGUCAAUUUCAUUUUUAUACCCCAGUGGCUUAGUGCCCGUAACCCCAAAAUUGAUUUUCAGCUUGUUAAAAGUAUGCUACCAGUGGAACAGUAUCGCGAAAAAAUUUUUGCGUUUGGUUGAAAAGCAAACAUUUUAGAGCCACUUGAAUUAUGGAUUGCUUGGUCAAUGGACGUCGUGUACGGGAGUCUGGGUCUAGCACAAUUUCUGACGUCACGCGAGUUACUGAAUAUCACCACCAAAUAAGUAAAUACACGAGUCUUGCCACUAAAACUUUGAACUGAAAAUCAUCAUGGUGAUAUGGUAAAUCUUUCGAAGUUAUUAUCGUCGUAUUUCAGGAAUAUUACAAUUUGAGUAUGUUAUGUUCAAACUAGGCCGGGUUAUAUGGUCUUUGAUACACUUGCAAUUGUUGUCACACGCGUACUAAACUGCAGCUUCUCUAUAUUUUACGAUCAUUUUUAGUGAGCAUUUUCACAGGUUUAUGAAACUUUGCCAUGGUUUUUACACUACGCUGAUCGAUCCACCAAGGAUAAAAUAUGUUGUGUUAUGCUUUUAAGUUGUCCCUGUGGCAAUAUUUUAUUGCCAGAUACCGAUCAUAUGACAAGACAAUUUACACUAUCUUACAAUGAAAUUGGUGCGCUAUUCGGUCACCACAAAGUUGGGAUCACUAGAUAUCACACCUGUAAACCGGUAGUAUUUUAGUCAUUUCACGAUCAAAGUAUUGUGUUUUAACGGGAUAGUGUUCUUGUGAAGUACGCAUAUAUUUCUUACAGUUAGAGUUGGCAACAAAUACAUUGUACUCGCAGAUCUCAAGCACAUAUCAAAUGGCAGUAUAGUGACACAAGAUUUACGAUUCCAAUGCAAAUAAUAUAGCGAAUGCGUUUUAGAACAUAAAUUUACAUAACAGAACAUAAAUAUACCAUGCAACGACUAUUAGCGCAAACGGUAAGCUUUUCGACAGAACAAACGCGCUAUUAUACAGACAUUCAUCAGUACCAGGGCACCAGGCCAAUUUAAGUUCCGUUGCAAUUUAAUACGAUACUUGUUAUUAUUGAGCAAACUGCCAGGCAAACUGUAAACUUCAUGGAUCAAUAUUUUCGAACAAGCAAGCACGCUCUUCUUUAGUGAUAUAUUUGUACAACACGGAUUUUUUAAAGUUGAUAUUUCCAUAGUCCUAUCGGUUAACGUUCCGUGUAGCGUCUUGUUAUACUGAAAUUUACAUACAAACGCGCUCCUGCUGAAACCACAACUAACUCGCGUGACGUCACAAAUAAUGCUCGUUCCAGACUUCAAGCAGUUAAAUAUUCCGACGGCCAUGUGCCAAGUAAAAUCGCAAUAUAAGCAGGUUAAAGUGGCUCUAAAAUUUUUGCCUUUUAACCAAAAGCAAAAAUGUUUUCGCGAAACUACUACACUCAUAGCAUACUUUUAAUAAGCCGAAAAUCAAUUUUGGGGUUACGGGCACUUUAAAUCAGUUAACCCUAGUAUCUCGUAAGUGUAUGAUCCCGUAGUUUACGCGUGCGGUUAGACGUCUUAGUUUUGCGGUUGUAUUUCAACAUGACUCGGCUUUAUAAGUAAUCCACCAGUCAUAUCGAUACAUGUGCUUCAUAAUUUCGAUGCCAUAUUGCGGUACUGGCAUCAUGAACCAGCCAAACCUCGUCAUCGGCAACGGCUUGUGCUCGAUCAAACCUUUUGGAAACGUAUGAUGCAAGUUAUAAUGGACAGUCAGCAACCACGGUUCCCAGCCUCGUCGCUUCAUCGAAGCGCCAUAUUCGUAGUAUAUCAUCAAAUCCACAGCGCCUUUCCCACGAACGAAUUUAAAACUCGAUUUCUGGCGCAUGUUGUUAGUAAUCGUUAUGCCCUUUUCUCGAAAUUUUUUUAAGAAGCGCUCUUCGGAAAGUCGAGAAUAUUUUCCGUCCGGUAUCAUUCCCAAGUCCACAUCAUCGUCCCAAGGCAACGGCUUGUUAAUCCUCAGAGCGCCCCACAACGAGCCGUAUAUCAAAAAAUGUGUAACAUUUAGCCCUUUCAGAAUUAGAUGAACAUCGUAUGUUAACGUAAGCAUGUCGUUUUGGACGUCUUCGGAAACACAGUGUCUUUUAAGUGUGGCAUCGCUUCGAAAAUGUCGAAACCACAUCGGGUGUUUAAAUUGAAUCCCCAUGAAAAUGAGUAAUAAUACGCUUAUAAGAACAACCAAAGUCUUGUUAUAGGUCUGUCCAGCUUUCGAAAACAUGUUGCUAUCGAGUAUUGAUGAAACGCGAUAUCAAUAACCCUUUUUAAACGUAAGAUGACCACUCUAACAUUACUCCAAUCAAUAUAGGAACACUUCAAACUAAGAAUGAAUUUGGCGCUGUUGUCAAUUGUCCGUAUAAUUAGUCCUGAAUGAAUUGUGAUACUGAAUAUAUAUAUACGGCGUCAUACGCUUAAAAGCUGUCAAAGCUGUAAUUAAUCUAUGUACGGCAUUUCCACACAAUUUCUUCGGGAAAAUAUUUAAUUGUGUCGAAAUUAUAGGUGUUUGGCUAAUUCAAGCCGUUUGGAUAAAUUGAUAAGCGCAGAGUUUGAAUAAUCUUUUGCCGGGUUCGGUGAAAACGAUAUGAAUAUAUAUGAUCAUUUUGUAUCUUGAUAUUAGUAUGCAUGAGUGCAAUAACCCACAUGGCUUCUUACUUGUAAAAAAACAAUACAAUGAAUGUUUUAAUAUUUUAAGUUGAAAAUUACUGAACAGCUGUUUAAGCUCCUUAGCCCAUAAAUAUCGAAAUUACAACAGAUUGUUAGGUUUAACAAGUCAAUUUAACAGUUUAACAGUUGUGAUUUUAUGAAAAAUGAUGGGAAUGAUAUUUACACUUGUGAAGAGGGCAUGAAGAGUAUACCCUUCCGCCGGCAAUUUUCGGAUCCGGCAAUUGAUUGGAAUCAAUAAAGGAGAGGGUCAAAUCACAAAUGAGUAUUACUGUAACGGGAGACUGUGAUGGAUAAUUGUUGCUCUUCUUCUUGCAGUGAGCUCUGUGUAUAUACAGCUUAUUCAAUUAAGGUUGUCCACAAGAAAAGCGAAAACCUUUGACCAAGCACGAAAAGCAUUAUUAUUUUAUGAGAUUGUUUAUGCAUAUACAUGUUACUAUGUCAGCACAUUCAUGCUAAUCAAGUGAAUUGAAUUCUCAAAGGAGUCGAGCACAAUCAUACUGUACAAACAACUUUCUUUAACAUUAAAGAGUUUACAAAAUCCAAUGAAUUCUGCCAGGUUUGCUGUUGAAUUGGGUUAGACGAGCAAGUAAAAUCCGAGAAAGAUGAAAAGCAACGGAAAUACCGAUGCCAAAACGGCUUGUGGAACGUAGCAACCGCGUACGGCUUUCGCGCUUAUAUUCGACUUUUCCGCUUUGCUCAGGGACAAUAUUAAUUGAAAUAGCUGUAUACUGUACAGGGUGUCUCAAAAAAACCCAAAAUCAUUGAAAUAACGUAUUGUUCGAAUUUCAAUGCCGUAACACAAAGGAUUUUGACAGGGUGAUUAAUUUGUUUUAAAAAAUUAAAAUAUCUUUGUAAAGUGAACGUUUGUUUGCUCAUGGGAAUUUAAAAAUGCUUCGUAAAUUGUAAUAUGCGUAAUAUGCAUUCGUGGGUUUAGUACUUUAUGCCUGACAUAACAAGUUUACGAUGAGUAUUACCAUUCAUUAUAGCAGUUAUGUCAAUCUUUUAUGCACUCGUGGGAUUAACUUAGUGCUAGGGCAUUGAAUAUCGAACAAUACGUCAAUUUCAAUGAUUUUGGGUUUUUUUGAGACACCCUGUAGUGUACAUCGCAAAGCACUUACGCGCUUAGAGGUCGAGGUUUUGCGGUUUUGAAUUUGAAAGGACAACCUUAAUUGAAUUAGCUGUAUCCUGGAGCAAGCAACUGCAGCCAUUCGGCCAAUAAGAAAUGUGAAGCCAAAGCUGUUAACAACUUGUUACAACCUUGAUGGCAUUAUCAGACUUGUUGCAAGGUUGUUCUAACAAGUCUGAUACACUCACGAUAUAACAAGAAUGUUACAAGGUUGACGACAACAAGGUUGUAACAGUAUUGUUACAUCAUGACUGUAUCGGACUUGUUGGAACAACUUUGCAGCAAGUCUGAUAAUAUCAACAAGAUUGUUGCAAGUCGUUAACAACUUGUUCUAAACUUGUUGAAAAUUUGGGACAAGCAGUGCGAACACAACUUGUUGACAGCUUGUCGGCAGACUUGCUACAAGAUGUGAAAUUUUUGCAUGUGUACCCCAUGGCCACAGAUCGUUCAGGAUUUUUAACUGUUUAUUCUUCUUAUGUUUCAGUGUGGGGUCAGUGUUCACAUGUAUUUCACAUGCACUGUAUAUUAAAGUGGCUGGAUUCUCAACAGAUGCAACAGCUCUGCCCGAUGUGCAGGCAAGAAUGGCAGUUCAAGGAAUAA